AUGUCCGCUAUGGGAGAUGCGCAUGAUUCUGAGGAUAGUGAUGAAAUUGCGGAGGACGAGUAUCAGGUCGAACGUAUAACCAAAGUCCGCAUUCGCAAUGGUCGAAAAGAGUACUUUCUAAAAUGGAAAGGCUAUCCUGAGGAAGAAAAUACCUGGGAGCCCGAGGAGAAUCUUGACUGUCCGGAUCUGAUUAAGGUGAGUCUCACCUCUUUGCGCGUUAGUUGUCCCGCCCUCCCCGUACCCACCAGCCGUCCACAUUAACACUGCUUAGCUUGGAUCCAUCUUAACUUUUCUACAUCGGUUGCACCUCGCCUCUCGCUUACCGUUCGCCCAGCCUUUUCGAGCUUCUGGCACGUGUCAUUUCAGUAAUGAAAUGAGCGCAUAGCAUCUGGUGCCGUUUUUGCCGCAGCAACAACGCAACUCUGUUUGACUCAGGUUCUGGAGUACUGUUUUCCUUUGAUGGCCCCAUUAUUUCGGCUUCCAUCUGUUUUUGAAGGAAUUUGAAGAAAGAAUGAAGAAAGAACGUGGGCCAACUACGCCCUCACGUCCGUCAACAAGCGCAGUUACUAGACAACGUGGCAAAUCAUCCACGGCUUCCCCGGGGUCCUCAUCAGAUGCGACUGUUGAGCCCGCAAAAGGCAAAAAGAGGAGCCGACUUUCGGCAUCCGCUGGGGAGGAUGAAGAUUCGGCGUCGGAAUCCAAGAAAUCUGCCGAGGAAACUCCUAAGGUUUAUAGUAACCUGGAUCUGUAAUCUAUCAUUUUCAUUCCAAUUGUUUUCAAAACUCUCCUUAGUUGUGCUUGUGGACUACCAAGGGUUUGUCCUUGUUCACUAUGCGUACUCAUUUUUUCUCUUCAGCUGGCCAACAUGAUUUUCAGUUUUACGCUACAUUUUCAGUUAAAUCCUGCUUUAGCGCCCGCAAUCAUUAGCUACGCCGAUAUAUCUCAAAACAGUCUUGCAUGCCCUUGCCCUUCACGUCUCCUCCAUAAAAGUCCCUCUGUUCAUUUAGUCUGCAACUCCCUCGAAGACCGCCCGAGGCUUCAGCCGCGGUCUCAAACCAGAUCGCAUUAUCGGUGCUACGGAUUCCAGUGGGGAGCUGAUGUUUCUUAUCAAGUGGUAAGUUGAUACGUGCUGACUUCGUCCUCGGACGCACUUGUGCUCUUCACGCUGCUGUGCGGACGUUUGAUUGCGUUAUUUUUUCAGGAAAGAUUCUAGCGAAGCUGACCUCGUCCCUGCAAGGGAAGCCAACGUUAAAUGCCCUCAGACGGUCAUCCGGUUCUACGAGGAGCGUUUGACGUGGCACACUCCAGACACUCGUGGUGACUCCAAUACAGGUACCAGUUGCAGUACAAAUACGACUGCAACUGCUGCCAGCACUGCUACUGAGACAACUCAACCGGUCGAGACUCCGUCUGUGCAGACUUCUGAUGGCGCCGCAGCAGCAGUAGUAUAA